GUAUUUUUGGCAAUGCAGCAUCUGUAUCUUGAGUUUGUUAGUCUGUCAAAACCUUGGACAAAUCGAGUAAAUCUACAUUUUGUUGCUGUUCGACUAAUUUGUUGUGAAUUGUUUAGAUCAACGCAUGUAUUGGUUCAUCUUAAAAAACAGACUAAUAUGAGUACGCCGGAGCUGAGCGACAUCGACAUGCUGGUAGCAAGGCAUGAAAAUGAAGGUAAAGAAGAAGACGAAAACAAAAUCAAACAUAAGAAGAGUAAAUUAAAGAAGACCCAUAAGCACAAAAAAAAAGAUGAGAAACAUCCAAAGAAAAAAAAACGUAAACAGAAAAAGGAUCAAAGCACAGAUGAAUCAGACAAUGAUGAGCAGAAAAGGAAGAAAAAGAAAAAAAUUAAAAAAGGAGAAUCUGAUGUGGAAUCCGAAUCUGUGAAAUCCACGAGAAACCUGAAUGGGUUAGAAAAUGGUAAAACUCAGGAAAUUACACUUGUUGACCUGGAAGAAGAAUUAAAUUUGGAAGAACUUAUGAAGCAAAAGGAAUUAUUACAAGCCAGACUUGGUGCUUACGAUUCUUCUUGCUCGGACGCUGAAAAUAAAACGUCUGGAGCAAAAACUUGUGAAAAAGUACGUGAAAAAUCGAGAGAAGUCGAAAUUGUUACCGAUACGCGGAACAAGGAACCCCGCCUUAUUCGUGAUAAGGAACGGAUGAGAGAAAAGGAAUUGGAACAAGAACGUUUUAGAGAAAAAGAACGAGAGCCUGGAAGGGACCGUGGUAGAGAAAAAGGUAAAGAACGAGAAAAAGACCGGGACAAAGAAAAAAAUGCAAUACGAGAUAGGGAAAAAGAAAAGGAAAGAGGAAAGGAACGCGAUAAAAGAGAACAGCGGGACCGAAGGGAUCAGCGUGAGCGUGAAGAACGGGAACGGAAAGAACAACGUGAAAGAGAGGAGAGAGACAAAAGAGAAAAAUUUGAUCGUGAAAGAAGAGACCGAUCAAAAGAAAGACGAGAUCGUAGGGAUAAAGAAAUUCGUACAAAGCGUGAGAGAGAAGAUCGAGAUCGUAGGAUGCGGGAACGUGACAGAGGACGUGAACCAGAUAGAAGAGAUCGUCAAACUAGCGAAAAUGUCCAAGACCGAGACAGGGGUCGCAACAGAGAUUGGAAUAGAGAUAGGUCGAGAAGAGAUGACCACAGGGAGCGGUCAGGAAAAGAAGAAGUGAAGCGGCCAGUAAAGAAUGGAGAAUCCCACAAGCAACACGAUUCAUCAUCAGAAGACGUGCCAUUGGAUAUUGAAUUCGAAGACGAAGAAGAUGAGGACAAAAUUAUAGAGCAGCGCAGAAAGCAGAGGGAAGAGUUGCUUAGGAAACUGGGAGCUCCCUCAGAGGAUUCCAGCCAAUCUUGGAACGUAGAGGGUUAUUUAUCUGGAACAUCCUCACCGUUCAAAGAAGUGCUGAAUGAAGGCGGCGAAGACUCUAUUAUGAGCACACCAAAUAUGUCAUUUGAUUCUCCUAUCAUUGUGACAAAAAGCAACUUUAUUGGCAUAGAUAAGCAGAAAGAUUCCAACGCUGUCGAACCUCCUACCAAAACUGACGACCAGACGGACACCAAAGAAACGAAACUGGAAGAUGAGAAGCGAGCUAAAAAAAGAGACAUGUUCGCUCCGGAAGCUGAUAUGUUUGCUGAAGAAUACAGUAGUCCUGCUACAGGAGUGGAACAGAUGAAACGUGUAUCAGACAACCCAAAUCUAACUGAUAACUGGGACGACGCGGAAGGUUAUUACAGAGUUUGCAUAGGUGAAACUUUAGAUGGGCGAUACUCUGUAUAUGGUUAUACGGGCCAAGGUGUGUUUUCCAAUGUGAUCCGUGCUAGAGAUCAACUUCGAGCUGGCCAAGAAGUUGCCAUCAAAAUUAUCCGCAACAAUGAGAUCAUGCACAAAACUGGGCUCAAGGAAUUGGAAAUUUUGCGAAAGCUCAAUGAUGCCGAUUCUGAAGACAAACAUCAUUGUGUGCGACUCUUCCGACACUUUUUUCACAAGCAACAUUUGUGCUUAGUCUUUGAGCCAUUAGCUAUGAAUUUAAGAGAGGUUUUGAAGAAGUACGGCAAAGAUGUCGGGCUCAAUAUUAAAGCGGUUCGAUCCUACAGUCAGCAACUUUUCCUAGCCUUGAGGCUUCUCAAAAAAGUCAAUAUUCUACAUGCUGAUAUCAAACCAGACAAUAUUUUAGUCCAUGAAAACAAAGUAAUGUUGAAGUUAGGUGAUUUCGGAUCCGCAUCUCAUGUGGCCGAAAAUGAAAUCACGCCUUAUUUAGUCAGCCGCUUUUAUCGAUCUCCUGAGAUUAUUUUGGGAAUGCCAUAUGAUUAUGGCGUUGACGUGUGGUCAUUGGCAUGCACCAUAUAUGAGCUCUAUACCGGUAAAAUUUUGUUUCCCGGAAAUUCGAACAAUCAGAUGCUGAAACUGUUCAUGGAUUUAAAGGGAAAAUUCCCUAAUAAGUUAAUCAGAAAAGGGGCCUUUAAAGACCAGCAUUUCGAUUCCAGUUUUAAUUUCCUGUCUCGCGAGGUGGACAAGCUAACAGAAAGGGAAAAAGUAGUUGUCAUGUCGACAGUGAAUCCAAUUCGUGAUUUGCAAAAUGAAUUAAUCGGUGGUCAACAUUUACCUGAUGACCAAUACCGAAAAGUACUGCAGUUGCGGGAUAUGUUGGACAAAUUUCUCAUGCUUGAUCCAACCAAACGGCUAACUAUUCAUCAGGCAUUAACCCAUCCAUUUGUAACGGAAAAAAUUUGAGAUAAGUGGAUUCGACAUCUCAUAUGGCUUGAAUAUUAUUCACCUCAUGGGGGUGGAUAUUUGUGAACUGAUUUAGUUCAAUAAUUUUUCGCUCCAAUAUUCCCUUAUCUAGCCUACUCCUGGAUUUUGAAUGAAUCGAAUGGUUUGACAAUACACCAUGUAGUUUAAUUAUAA